AUGGUUGAAGAUUUGGAUAUGGUUAACGACUUGAAAAUUACUAAAAAUUGGGAAAUGGUUCGAAAUUUGGACAUGGCUAGAGAUUGGAACAUGGCUAAAGGUGGGGACAUGGCUAAAGAUUUCAACAUGGCUAAAGGUGGAGACAUGACUACAUAUUGGAACAUGGCUAAAGGUGGGGACAUGGCUACAUAUUGGAACAUGGUGAAAGGUAGGGACAUGGCUAAAGAUUUCAACAUGGCUAAAGGUGGAGACAUGACUACAUAUUUGGACAUGAUUAAAGGUGGGGAGAUGGUUAGAUAUUUAAACAUGGUUAAAGGAAUGGACAUGGCUACAUAUUUGAACAUGGUUAAAGGUGAGGACAUGCUAAGAGAUAGGGACAUGGCUAAAGAUAGGGACAUGGCAAGGUAUUGGGACAUGGCUAAAGGUGGGCACAUGGCUAGAGAUGGGCAGCGGGCUAUGGACUUGGACAAAGCAAAAUAUUGGAAGACGACUAGGAGUGAGGACGUAGCGAAAUAUUGGGAAGUUGCUAGGGGAAAUGAUCGGAUCAGGGUUAAAAAUGAGGCCUAG